AUGCUAGCAUGGAAGAAACAUGCCUUGGCCGGAGCGCUCGACCACCAGCCGCAAGUGCGAAGCGAUCGCCGGCAGAUCGUCGCAGACGUCCGCCGCGAGCUGCUGGCAAGCGCCGGCCUGCAGCUGCCGUCGCUGACGGGCGACCCGGUCGCGGAGGCGCUUCUUCGCGGCGACUGGCUCAGCUUGCUUCCUGCCGGUCUCAUCGACGACCAGACGGUCAUCGCCGAGCUACUGCUGCGUCAGCAGCAGCAGCGUCUCGGCGUGCCGCUGCCGAACAUGCACGUGCGCGACGCCGAGGUGGACCCUGCCAGCAGUUCCUCGGCUAGGUGA